UGCCCUUUAACAGCUCUACUCGUUUCAAAGUGCCCCUACAGCUCAGAUUAUGAGCUCAAUGUGGAGUCAGUGUGCAGUCAGUGCUCAUGGAGUCCUCUCAGUCCUCUGCUCUGGAGUCUCUACGGUUUAACAACGCCGCGCUGAGGAGGCUGCCGGUGGAUGAGUCUGAGGAGACCGGCUCCAGGACCGUCCCCGCGGCCUGCUUCUCUCGGAUCGGGUCUCUCCAGCCUCUCCUCCGGCCCUCCCUGGUGGUGCUGUCCGGGUCCGCUCUGUCCCUGCUGGGCCUUGGGGAGCAGGACGUCCUGACCGACCCUCUGGCUCCGGAGUAUCUGAGCGGCUCCAGGCUGCUGCCGGGCUCCCAGCCGGCCGCUCACUGCUACUGCGGCCACCAGUUCGGGCUGUUCGCCGGGCAGCUGGGGGACGGAGCGGUGAUGUACCUGGGGGAGGUGGAGGCGGGCACCCAGGGGAGAUGGGAGAUCCAGGUGAAAGGCGCAGGAGUCACUCCGUACUCCAGAGAUGGUGAUGGCAGGAAGGUGCUUCGCUCCAGCAUCAGAGAGUUCCUCUGCAGUGAGGCCAUGGCAGCUCUGGGGAUACCCAGCACCCGAGCAGCCUCCCUGGUCACCUCUGACCUCUACGUCAGCAGGGAUCCUCUCAACAGUGGUCGGCGUGUUCAGGAGCGCUCCUCAGUCGUCCUGCGUCUUGCCCCAACUUUCAUCAGGUUUGGCUCUUUUGAGAUCUUUCUGGGCAGAGAUGAAUUCUCAGGCCUGCAGGGUCCCAGUGCAGGGCGCCAUGAUAUUCGUGCUCAGCUGCUGGAUUAUGUUGUUGAGACUUUCUAUCCUCACAUUCAGCAGGCUCACAGCAACCGGAAAGACAGGAAUAUGGCUUUCUUCAGAGAGGUGAUGAUGCGAACGGCUAAGCUAGUGGCCCAGUGGCAGUGUGUAGGUUUUUGCCAUGGUGUACUUAACACUGACAACAUGAGCAUCCUGGGUCUCACUCUGGAUUAUGGGCCAUUUGGUUUCAUGGACAGGUUUGAUCCAGAUUUCGUCUCCAACGCCUCAGACAAAAGAAGGCGCUACUCGUACCAAGCCCAGCCCUCUGUGUGCCGCUGGAACCUGGCUCGCCUGGCUGAAGCGCUGGGCUCUGAGCUGGACGCCGCAGAGGCAGGAGCUAUCCUGGAUGAAUUUAUGCCUACAUAUAAGGCCUCCUACUUGCAUAUCAUGAGGAAAAAGCUGGGUCUUGUGAGAAAAGAAGAGGCAGAUGACAGCGAGCUCAUAUCAGAUCUGCUGCGUGUAAUGUACAACACUGGUGCAGAUUUCACAAACACCUUCUGCUUGCUGAGUCGUGUCCCCUGGCCUGAGGAGGGCGACAGUGAGAGGGAUGUUGUGGGACCAGUGGUGGAGCUCAUCCUAGAGCAGUGCGCCUCGAUUGAGGAGCUAAAGGUGGCUAAUAAGCCAACAAUGGAGAACCGUGAAUUGGCGAUGAUUCUCUCCAUGGCACAAACCAACCCGACCAUGUUUGGGAUGGUGGCAGACAGGCCAGAUGUGGCUCAGCAGCUGGAAUUAAUGGGCCGUUUAAAGGAGCUAAUUGAGACGGAUCAAGACGAGCUCAAGAAAAAGCAACAUGAUGACUGGACUCGCUGGAUUAGCCAAUACAGGAGGCGUUUAGUCCGGGAGUGUGAUGGCAUGAGUGACUUGUCCCUUGUCGAAAAGGAGAGACUCAGAGUGAUGAACAGCAGCAACCCCCGGGUGGUUCUACGUAACUACAUUGCCCAGAAUGCAAUAAAUGCAGCAGAAAAAGGAGACUUCUCUGAGGUCAACAGAGUUCUUAAAGUUCUGGAGAAACCAUAUUCAGAUCCUGAGCCUUUGUAUGAACCUGCCUCAUGUGGUGAUAAGAAACAUGAAGGAAGGGAGCUCACUGUUACAUACGAUGGGAAGCCUCCUGCCUGGGCACAAACAAUUUGUAUCACCUGAUCCUCGUAGAGCCUCCCUGGAAGGUGAAGGAGAGAGGUCUGUUUCAGUCUAAGUGAACCACACGAGUGGACCACGUGGGUGUGAAGGGAUUUACUGUUUUGGUACCAGCCAUGGACUGUAUAAGUUGGACAUAGUAAUCAUAAUAUCCCCCACUGGUUUGAGGACAACCUUUCUGAAGCCUCAAAUUUGGCAUUUGGCCAGCUUAGGCUUCUGAAACCGGACGAUACGAUGGAUCUUACUGAGAACUCAAGGACAUUAUUCUUGCUGAUACAGUAGCAAACUACUGAUCACAAAGUAUUCCAACCAUUUAUCAUAUAUUUUAAUCUAAAUGGGACUAAAACUUAUGCAACAAAUAAAAAUAAAUCAGGGUGUAUUAAAACAGUCUUCAAACGAACAACUGAGUCCAUUAGGACAGUGUUUACAGAGGUAAUAAAUCAAGUGAGAAUUUACGUCAUUUUCUCAUAGACUUAUAAAAUCAGACUUCUUUUUGCAACCAGAGGAGCCGCCCCCCUGCUGGCUGUUAAAAUUCAGUUUUAAUGCACUGACAUGUUGGCUAGGUCCAUCUAUUAUACAGUCCAUGAUACCAGCAACUCAGUCAUUCUCCAUUUCCACCUCAGACUUUCUCUCCUGCUUCCUUAAAGGAGGAUGAUAUAUAACCCGAUGUGCUCCAGUGUUCAUUGGUACAAGGUUAGUUUAAUGUUUGUGUGAAUCAAAGUUCCAAAAAAAUUCAGCAAGGACAAAUAAUUUGAUUGAUUUUUGAUACUUUUCAGAAAAAGGAAUUUGAUGGAGUCUGUAGAAAAAGGAGCUUUAAUUCACUGAAUGGUCAGCUGCUGAUGACGUAUGACGGUUCAGAUGACCAGUCACACAAUGACCUGUCUGGGCCUGAAACACCAGGAACACAUGAGUAUCAGCUCAUGCAAAUAAAAUGCAAACUAGUGAGCUCAAGCAUACCAGUAACAGUUUGUUCUGUACCUCUACUGAACAUGAAAUGAUUCAUGAUAUAUGGUCCUGCAGAUUUUGUCUAUUCAAUAAAAAAUAAGGUGCUUUUUGUCAUAAAGUCUGUAAAA